AAACGCCCAUCCCUUCUCCUCCGCAACCGACGGACCAGCGGCAGAGCACCUUGCUUCGAUAAAACUCUAGUGCUCUGGCCCUGGCCGCCAGCUCGGAUUGGUAGCUGCCUGCGGCUCUGCCCCCUCCUCCUCCACCCUCGGUUCCCGUGCUGCGGCAUCCCCUGCUCGCCCGAUUCGAAAUUUUGAAUCUUCUCUGCUCUCUCUCCAUCCCAAUUCCGUUCCGUUGUCGUCUCGUCAGCUCCAGUUCUUGGCUGGAGUUGCAGUAUUAAAGGACUCCAGCUUUCCUGGGCUGGAUUGCGGCCAGCCUCACCGAUUCCAACAGCUUCCCAACCUUCCUUCCCCCCCGGUUCUUGCAGCUGAGCUUCCGCGAAAAAAAUCCACCCAAAAUUCCAGCGAUUUCCUCUUCAAGAUUGCUGUGCUCGCCGGAUUCUCGGCCGGCCGGAAAUCUUGAGUUCGCCGCAGUCCCGUCCGCGCCGGACUGCUUCCUAGCUAGUUCGAGGAGCAGCGGCUCCGCAUUGAGCUGCCGGUGAUGGCGAGGCUCGCCGCGGCGCUGCUGCUGCUGGUGGCGGUGGCGUGCUGGGCGGUGGCGCCGGGGGCGGAGGCGCUGGGGAUGAACUGGGGCACGCAGGCGUCGCACCCGCUGCCGCCCAAGGCGGUGGUGCAGGUGCUCCGGGACAACGGCAUCAAGAAGGUGAAGCUCUUCGACACCGACUUCGCGGCCAUGAGCGCGCUCUCCGGCACCGGCAUCGAGGUCAUGGCCGCCAUCCCCAACAACAUGCUCGCCGACCUCGCCGACGACGCCGGCAAGGCCAAGGACUGGGUCAAGCGCAACGUCAAGCGAUACGACUUCGACGGCGGCGUCACCAUCAAGUACGUGGCCGUCGGCAACGAGCCGUUCCUGCAGUCAUACAACGGCACGUUCAUCAACAUCACCUUCCCGGCGCUGCAGAACAUCCAGAACGCGCUCAACGACGCCGGCGUCGGCGACCGGAUCAAGGCCACCGUCCCUCUGAACGCCGACGUGUACAACUCCCCGGACAGCCACCCGGUGCCGUCGGCGGGACGGUUCCGCCCCGACAUCUCCGGCCUCAUGACGGACAUCGUCAAGUUCCUGGCCAAGAACAACGCGCCCUUCACCGUCAACAUCUACCCGUUCCUGAGCCUGUACCUCAGCGACAACUUCCCGCUGGACUACGCCUUCUUCGACGGCGGCGCGACACCGGUGAACGACAACGGCGUGCUCUACACCAACGUGUUCGACGCCAACUUUGACACGCUGGUGGCCGCGCUCAGGGCCGUCGGGCACGGCGACAUGCCCGUCGUCGUCGGCGAGGUCGGCUGGCCCACCGACGGCGACAAGCACGCCAAGGUCUCCUACGCGCAGCGGUUCUACGCCGGGCUGCUGAGGCGCCUGGCGGCGAACGCCGGCACGCCGGCGCGGCCGAACCAGUACAUCGAGGUGUACCUGUUCGGGCUAGUCGACGAGGACCUGAAGAGCGUGGCGCCGGGCAACUUCGAGCGGCACUGGGGCAUCCUCCGCUACGACGGCCAGCCCAAGUACCCGAUGGACCUCGCCGGGCAGGGCCGGAACACGAUGCUUGUGCCGGCGAAGGGGAUCAAGUACCUGCCCAAGACGUGGUGCGCGCUGAACCCCAACGCCAAGGACCUGAGCAAGCUCGGCGCCAACAUCGAUUACGCGUGCACGUUCGCCGACUGCACGCCGCUGGGGUACGGCUCGACGUGCAACGGCAUGGACACCGCCGGCAACGCCUCGUACGCGUUCAACGCCUACUACCAGGUGCAGAACCAGAAGGACGACGCCUGCGACUUCCAGGGCCUCGCGCUGCCCACGGAGACGGACCCGUCCACGGCGGCCUGCAACUUCACCAUACAGAUAGCCGGGGCGGCGGCGGUACACGGCCGCCGGAGCGCCGGCGCGGCGGCGGCGGGCGUGGUGCUACUGGCGUUGCUGCAGCUCCUGGCGCUGUGGUAGCGCGGGAUUUGCUGCUGCAGUGGUCGUCGUGGUGACGUGUCCGGAAGAUCAACGUGUACGGUUGAUUUUGUUGCAUUUUUUAUGACUUUUGGACUGGAUUUAGAGGCCUGUAUUCUACUUAGGAUGCAACGCAUGUGAUUAAUUGAUUGGGUUUGUCUUACAACCCGCGGCCCUCUCGAAGUUGAGAGCGAGUACAUUACUACAUA